CGCUGUUUGCGUGGUUUCCAUAGUAACGGUUUGGUUGCCGUUGCCGACCCCAAACAAAAUGACUUAGAGACGUCUUGGAAAAAACUUUUACAGAACGACACCGCAAGAACAGACACCCUCAGUCACGUCUGUGGACUGAAUGCCUGGCUGACGCUGAAAAGGAUCUUCUCUGCUUCGGAGUUUGUGACAAGCCGACAUGGUGCGCCUGACCGUGGAUCUGAUUGCUAAAUCUAGAAACCACUUCAAAAAGAAAAGGGGCCUCUCCUUCCCAGAGUACCUCAAGACACUCACCCACCUCCACUUUUCCAGCAAGAACAUUGAGGAUAUUGGUGACCUGUCUAUGUGUCAAAACCUCACUGUACUUUACCUGUACGAUAAUCAGAUUACAUACAUUAGCAACCUUGGCUUUGCCUCCAACCUCACUCAUCUCUACAUGCAGAACAACAACAUCACUCACAUAGAUAAUCUCCACAAUCUGCAGAAACUCUCCAAACUGUAUCUGGGUGGAAACAGUAUAGCGGUGGUGGAAGGACUGGAGCAGCUUCAUGAGCUCGCGGAGCUUCAUCUGGAGAAUCAGAGGCUGGCACCGGGGGAAACGUUGCUCUUUGACCCCAGGACUCUCCACUCGCUUGCUGACUCUCUUUGUGUGCUGAAUGUUAAUAACAACAACAUAGAUGAUAUCAGGGACUUGGCAGUGCUCAAGGAACUCCAGCAUUUUUCUGCAGCUGACAAUAAACUGCGUAGUAUGGAGGAGUUAGAAGACGUGUUCAGCCUCUGGCCUCAGCUGCUCCUCAUGGAUUUGCGUGGAAACCCCACGUGUAGAAAACCCAAGUACAGAGAUCGUCUGAUAACUGUUUGCAAAAGCCUCGUGGUUCUGGAUGGAAAGGAAAUUAAUGAGUUAACCAGACUGUUCCUUAUUAACUGGAAAGCCUCCAAAGAGGCCAAGAAGAAAAAAAACAACAAACACAUGCCGGCUGGACCGCUGGUCCCUUAUCCCUUAACAAGUGACUUUAAUGUGGGUCCACAUCCUGGUUACAUCUACAGCCACACUAACGUGCAGAGGUGGAGGCCGCAGCCGUCUCUCAGGGCACAGAAUUUACAGAUGAACGGACUGAAUCGCGUGGCUGUCUCGCCGGCCAUCUGCAGCCAUGUGGAUGCUUAAGGCAAACCUGCAAAGUCCACUGAGAUCUCCACCUCCUCCACGUAGGACCAACACGGGACUCAGCUCCUGACUUGUUUAAGGACACUGGUCAUCAUAGCUGCAGAUCUUUUACCCUUGUUAUUUCUACCAUAGAAAGACAGAGACACUGAGAUGUCCAAAAACUGCAGAGACACCUCACUGCAGUAUCCUUGAAUUAGGAGAUUACUUUUUUUCUCCGCAGCCUAUUUUCAAACUGUAUGAUUUUAUCUGUUUAACAAGAACUUUAAGUGACUUAAUAGCAUGGAAAUAAUCUAUUGUUAAUAACACGAAUUAAAGAGUAAACCCUU